UAGUGCUUACACUUCCACAGCCACUUGCUGAUGCUUAUGGGCUGCUCAUGCAUAGGAAUGGUCAGUGGGAAUGGACUCUUGCACCAGGAGUAUCCCCUUCACCAAGGUAUCAACAAGCUGCGGUUUUUGUUAAUGCACGAUUGCAUGUUACUGGAGGUGCCCUUAGAGGAGGACGUGCAAUUGAAGGUGAAGCAGCUAUUGCAGUAUUGGACACUGCUGCUGGAGUUUGGUUAGAUAGAAAUGGUUUGGUCACCUCCUCUUCACGCACAAGCAAGGGCCUCACUGAAUUUGAUCCUACUUUGGAGCUUAUGCGUCGUUGCCGCCAUGCAGCUGCAUCUGUUGGUGGUCGUAUAUAUAUUUAUGGUGGUCUCAAGGGAGAUAUUCUUUUGGAUGAUUUUCUGGUUGCAGAAAAUUCUCAAUUCCAGUCUGACAUCAAUUCUCCCGUAAUAACAUCCGAGAGAGCCUCACCAAUAUCAAGCCCCAAAUUUAAUCAACCUAACGUAAACCCUUAUGUGACUACACCAACUUUGGAUGGUGGACUAGAUAUUCCUUCUUCUGGUAGCAUGAGCAGCAUGGACAAAAAUUCUUUGGAGAAAUUGAGGGAAGCUUCUGCUGCUGAAGCUGAGGCAGCUACCGCUGUCUGGCAAGCAGUGCAGGCUGCUUCUGCUGCUCCUCCUGAAGAGACAUCUGUAUCAGAUGAUAACUCCCAAGCUGCAGAAACAACUUCAGAUGGUAGUGAUACAGAGGCAGAUGUUCGUCUUCAUCCAAGAGCUGUUGUGGUUGCGAAAGAGGCUGUGGGUAACCUGGGUGGGAUGGUAAGGCAAUUAUCUUUGGAUCAAUUUGAGAAUGAGAGCAGACGGAUGAUUCCAUUGAACAAUGAUUUAUCGUAUCCUACUAAAAAAUUCACCAGGCAGAAGUCUCCUCAGGGCUUACAUAAGAAGAUCAUUUCUUCAUUGCUCAGACCUCGGAAUUGGAAACCUCCUGCCAAUAGGAGAUUUUUCCUGGAUUCAUAUGAAGUGGGUGAGCUCUGUUAUGCUGCUGAACAGAUCUUUAUGCAUGAGCCAACAGUCCUUCAACUGAAAGCACCUGUUAAAGUAUUUGGUGAUCUCCAUGGACAAUUUGGUGAUUUAAUGCGGCUUUUUGAUGAAUAUGGAUUUCCUUCCACUGCAGGAGAUAUAACGUAUAUUGACUACCUGUUUUUGGGUGAUUAUGUUGAUCGAGGACAGCAUAGCUUGGAGACCAUAACCUUGCUGCUUGCUCUUAAGAUUGAGUAUCCUGAGAACGUUCACUUAAUACGUGGAAAUCAUGAGGCUGCUGACAUAAAUGCUCUCUUUGGUUUUCGCCUUGAAUGCAUUGAAAGAAUGGGAGAGAAUGAUGGAAUAUGGGCAUGGACACGAUUUAAUCAACUAUUCAACUAUCUUCCACUUGCUGCACUUAUUGAGAAGAAAAUCAUCUGUAUGCAUGGUGGCAUAGGGAGGUCUAUAAAUUCAGUAGAACAGAUAGAGAAGCUCGAAAGGCCUAUAACAAUGGAUGCUGGAUCUAUAAUUUUGAUGGAUCUUCUAUGGUCUGAUCCUACAGAGAAUGAUAGCGUGGAGGGUUUGAGACCGAAUGCUAGAGGGCCUGGUCUUGUCACUUUUGGGCCUGAUCGUGUCACAGAUUUCUGUAAGAGAAACAAAUUACAGCUAAUUAUAAGGGCCCACGAAUGUGUCAUGGAUGGGUUUGAACGGUUUGCUCAGGGACAGUUGAUAACUCUUUUUUCUGCAACUAACUAUUGUGGGACGGCAAACAAUGCUGGAGCUAUACUGGUAGUUGGCAGGGGGUUGGUUGUGGUUCCAAAAUUAAUUCAUCCCUUGCCACCGCCCCUUCAGUCACCAGAGACAUCUCCUGAACGUGUACAAGAGGACACAUGGAUGCAGGAACUUAACAUUCAAAGACCACCAACUCCUACUCGUGGUCGACCACAGCCUGACCUUGACCGGAGCUCACUUGCAUACAUAUAAUGUUACCUGACAGAUUUGUGAACUUCACAACUUGUCAAAGUAAAAAUCUGCAUUUCUCUGACAGGCUUGACCUUGACCUGUCCUGGGUCGGGAUAAGUUUUCCACCUGUGACCAAUAUGUCCUAUUGUAGUCUGAAAGAUAUGAGUUGCCAAAAAUGAAGCCUUGUCUAGUGUACACAUAGCUUGAGGAUGGUAGAGGAUGUAGCUAUUAGCCAAUUGAUCAUCGUUCUUUAACAUUUGUAAUUUAUGUACAAUUUAGAAUGUGAAGAUACUGUUGCCCACCAUACAGAUAAAUUAUAGGGAAGGAGAAGAAGCUUGUUUUGCUUUUGUGUAAUGUAAAAUAAACAACAAUAUGCAAUUAAUUUCUUUGUAAGGUAUUUAUUUGCAUUUUGAUAAGGCAAUUUUGAAACCAAAGUUAUAAUUUGAAAUGUUCAUGGAGUUGAACAAUAUUCUUGUAAUUGUGUCACUUAUUGGAGUAUUUAUUUAUGGAUGGAGUUUGGCU